AAAAAAGGGGAUUUUAAACCUAAAGCCCGAGAAAGAAGCAAAACGGCCGCCUGAGAGAGCAGUAAUGGCGAAAGGCGACGAUGCUUUGGCGAGGAAGAAGAACAAAUCCAACCGUAAGAAGAUGAAUCGCAAGAACGAUUCCGCCACCGUAUCCACUCGCAUCGCCGCAAUCAUCGCCGCCAAGAAGCGCCGCCAGACUGGCAAACGCAGCAUGUGUCAGGGAAUGUGUUUUAGCCUUCCUACACCUGAAGAUCCAUUCAAUGAGAAGCUGGGUAAAGUGGACAUUGCCAAAAAGAAAAAGAAAAAAGCCAAGACUAGAGAUGCUCUUUCAGUGAAUAAAUCUCUUAGACAAGCCAAGAAACCAUCUCGAGUGUCCAUUGGCGGUCCACCUAAGUUUCUGAUGCUGUGCCUGAGCGAUAUAGAGAGCUCCUUUUAUCAGCUUGAGAAGCCUUUGUUCACUAGCACUUGGGGGAUUGAGUUCUGGAAAUCUUUUCAUUCUGGUAAACAUGUUGUUGAGACUAGUGGAACAUCUUCCACCCUUGAACAAAUCGCAUGGAUCGUUUCAACUGCCACUGAUGCUAUUUCUACACGGGAUAAAGACGAGGAGAAUCCACUAAGCAACAGCCCUUUUCUCUUGUAUCUCGUACCAUCUCAGUCCAAAGCCGCUCAGGUUCGAUCGGUUUGCAAGGCACUGAAACGUCUAGGAGUUCAUGCAGUGAGCUUACACAAUGGAGCGGAACUAGAUCAUCAGAUUUCUGGAUUAAAAAGCUUAGAACCUGAAUUUCUAGUUUCCACACCUGAGAGACUUUUGGAGAUUGUUGCCCUCAAGGGAGUUGAUAUAUCGGGGGUUUCGUUGCUGGUCAUUGAUGAACUAGGUUCACUUUGCGCCAGUGGUUAUCUAGAUGCGGUGAAAUCCAUUAAGCAGGCCAUUUCCAGCGAGCACCGAUCAAUAGUUUUCAACGACAGUUUUAGUGCUUCCUAUAUUCCAGCAAUCCAGAGUCUUUUGGGGAGAUCAGUUAACAGACUUUCCCUCAGUGAUUCUGUAGCCAGCCAAGCCUCUUGUAUUAUCCAGACUGUAAAUGUCUGCGCCUCGGAGAAAAAAAAGCUGCAAAAGUUCUCAGAGGUUCUGGAUUCAGCAUCUUCAAGGGGAAUAUACAUUGUUGCAAAGGAGGAAAGUUUCAGAAAGUUGACAGCUCUACUUAAGCUCAAGGGUCUCACUGUUGUAAUAUUCAACAGUGAGUCUACAAUUAUCCCAGCAAUCACAAAGAGGGGAGGACAGUUGGCAUAUUUGAUUGAUAUAGAACAGUUUGAUUCAACCGAAAUGAAGAACUUUGAAACCGUUCUACUUCCAGAUUUUGUUCCAUCGUUCCAAACAUACGUUGAGAUACUGACAAGUAUGGCUAGAGACAGUGUUCGCGGUGUGCUACACAGCUUUGUAACAGAAGAGGAGGAUGUGUCUGGUCUGGCUGGUUCAUUGGUGAAUGUUCUCGAGGAUUGUGGCCAGUGCGUGCCUGACUCUUGGAGGAAUCUGUCUGCUUCUAUGUCUGAUUGAUUACAAUUGUUGUUUCCCAAUACUCUUUUAAGUUACAAUGGUUUUUGCUUACUGAAAGCUUUAGCUGCAGAAAACUUGGGUUAAAGUGAUUUAAUUUUGAGUAUUGAGGUUUUUUUUUUCCUUA